AUGACCACAGCCAUGAUGAAUAUGAACAUGAAUGUCUAUCUUCGUCUGCACCCUCUGGUCAUCCUAUCUGGACUGGCUGCUGCAGCGCAUGACCACAGCCAGAGUCAAACCCAAAGCCAAACGACAGGCGGCGGCGGCAAUCAAGACAAUGACAAUGAUCAGGCCGGUAAUGGUGGUGGUGGCGGCGGGCAGGCUGGUCCAAACAUCAGCGCUCAACUCCCCUAUAUCGUCCUGCUCAGUCUGGGCAGCCUGGUUGCCAUCGUCGCCAUCUGCCAUCUGGCGUCCCGUGUCGCGGCGCAUAUCCGGAAGCUAGCCUGUCUCAACAACGAGACGCAGCGCUCCUUCGUCCAGCCGAAUCCGACCCUGGCCCUGGUGAAGGAGCAUCUCGUCUACGCGCCGCUGCUGCGGACCCGCCACAACAAUGAGUUCAAGCUCGGCGGGUCUAUCAACAUGGGCACUGUCCCCGGCAGACUCCCGACCCUGAUCAUCUGCGGACUGUUCGCGAUGAAUCUGGCGCUCUUGCUGGUCGAUAUCCCCUUUUCGGAUCCAGAGCAGGAAGUCGCCGGCAUGCUGCUGCUGGGCGUCUCGUUCGAUACCUUCAAUCUGUUCCAUCGCUGGCUGGCGAGGAUCGUGGUCCUCGAGGCAAUCACCCAUGCUCUCUCUUAUAUUAUCCCCACGGUACAGAAGGGAGGCUUCGCAGCGUUCCAAAAGUCAGUUCAAGGAAGCACCCACAUUUUGACCGGGCUGGUGACAGUCAUCAUGUUCGUUACCCUCAUGCUGCAUUCGUUUUCCGCCCUCCGGCACGCCUUUUACGAAACGUUUCUGCACCUGCAUAUCCUCCUCGUGGUCGUCGCGCUGGUCGCCGUCUGGUACCAUUUGGACGGAUAUCCGCAGCAGGGCUGGAUUGUUGCCGCGAUCGGUACGUGGAUCGGAGAGCGAGUCACCCGUCUGGUCAUCCUGACGUUCCGAAACAUUGGCAACGGAGGAACGACAGCUCUCGUCGAGGCUUUGCCUGGCGACACGCUCCGUGUUUCCCUGAGGAUGGCCCGUCCCUGGAAAUUCCGCCCGGGCCAGCACCUCUACCUGUAUGUGCCGUCGGUUGGCCUGUGGACCUCGCACCCGUUCAGCGUCGCAUGGAGCGAGGGACAGGAGACUCUCAGCGAGGAUAAGGGCAUCGUCAUGACCCGCCAGGACCUGCUCGCCACGACGACGCUAUCCCUCCUCAUCCGGCGCAAGAAGGGCUUCACCGACCGGCUAUACAAACGCGCGGCGGGCAGCACCUUUGGCCGCGUGUCGCUGAAGGCAUUCGCCGAGGGCCCCUACGGGGGCUUGCACAGCCUCGAUUCGUACGGCACGGUCCUGCUCUUCGCCGGCGGCGUGGGCAUCACGCACCAGGUCCCCUUCGUGCGACACCUGGUGGCAGGCUUUGCGAACGGCACAGUGGCAACGCGACGACUGGCACUCAUCUGGACGGUGCAAUCACUCGACCAUCUGGAAUGGAUCCGGCCGUGGAUGAAGACGAUCGUCGAGAUGAGCCGGUGCGAGGAGAUCCUCCGCGUGCAGAUCUUCAUCACCAGGGCUCGCGACGCGGACGAAAUCCCCGACAAUCGUCCAGGCGCGAUCAUCACCAUGUCCGCCGGCCGGCCGCCCAUCGACACGCUGAUCGCGUCCGAGGCCAGUCAGCAGGUGGGCGCGAUGGUCGUCGUGGUCUGCGGCGCGGGCAGCCUGGGCGACGACGUGCGACGCGUGUGCCGCCAGAGACAGAACGCCAGCCACAUCGACUAUAUGGAAGAGAGUUUCACGUGGUAG